CUCCGUGUCACCCACUCGUCCCCCCGUCCGAUUGGCCCAACCAAACUGACAUUUGGCAAGCAAGUGAGGAUGGAUCUGGGGGACAUUGGUCAUGGGACACCAGGAUUGGGUUGCCAUGCGGCAAACCCCCUGUACUCUUGACUUGCCUUCUCUCGAGAGUUCAACGCCGGUGCAACUCAAGAACCAUCAACGAAAGCAUCAAGCUAUGGAGGAGCUUCCGGUCAGCUACCGGGUCAUUUACGAACGAGCCCACGCGAACCCGUUAAAUGUCACCCAUACGACCACACUUCGAUGCAAACCACCCCGAGCCAGAAGCCCUAGCUAUGUUGGGGAGAACAUCAAGUCACAAGGCAGAGAUGGGCUAGAAGGAUGUACAUGUGUAUGUUUACGGGCAUAUGUUCAUUAUUAUAUUUCUACAAUUGGGGACUUUACUUUCGUCGUCCACAUGGCGGAGCCAAAGCGGCAGCCAAAGCCGGGGCACACCAGCCAUUGUCCCCCUUUCAGUGUGUUCUACCUAGCUCCUUCCUGGCUGAAUCUGAAGUGAGCUUCCAAUUGUCCUCAGUAUGCUAUGUAGGAACCCACCGCGACUGGUCAGGUACAUAUCGAUACCUUUAUGCUCAUUCCAUUCCCCCUCUUCCAAAAGCAACGAAAUAAUAGUGUAGUAGUUUCUGACCCCCAUCGUCAUGUAGUUGUUACAAUGUCUUCAUGCUUUCGUGAAAUGCCAAAUCAUAUGUGCUGAACAACGUCUGUAGAUUUCAAGCUGGAGCCCCUGGUGCCCCUGGUGCCCGUGGACAAACACGUCG